AUGAUCUUCACACGUGACGACUAUACGGUCGCCUGGAUCUGCGCCUUGCCGCUGGAAAUGGCGGCCGCGAAGGCCAUGCUGGACGAGGUUCACCCUCCGCUCCCCCAGCCAGAAACCGACCACAAUGUCUACACACUUGGGAGGGUUAGCAACCACAAUGUGGUGGUGGCUUGUCUGCCUGGCGGUGUCUAUGGGACGAUAUCCGCUACAGCUGUGGCAUCACAUAUGGUCUCUACCUUUCGGAGUAUCCGGUUUGGAUUGAUGGUGGGUAUUGGAGGCGGAGUCCCGAGCCAAAGUGCUGAUGUUCGCCUUGGCGAUGUUGUAAUCAGCAAGCCAACUGCCACUUCAAGUGGUGUUAUUCAAUAUGACUACGGCAAGACACUUCGUGGCGGACGAUUUCAGCACAUCGGGUCACUUAAUAAACCUCCUCCAGUGUUGUUGAAGGCCGUAUCUCAAUUAGAGAGUGAUUACAUGGCAGGGAAAAAACUGGUUAACCAAAUCUUAAUUGAUGUACUGCACAAAUGUGAAGAGAUGAGAGAACAGUUUUCGCGACCGAAAGACGACUGGCUAUUCCGACCGACAUACAGUCAUAAGGUUAGCGAACACAACUGUUCAGCCUGUGAUCCGACCCAGUUAGUGAACCGUUCUGAGAGGAUAACUGAUGAGCCCUAUUUUCAUUAUGGCUUGAUCGCUUCCGGAGAUCAGGUCAUGAAAGAUGCCAAGACCCGAGAUUCCAUUGCUCAGGGUCUAGACAUACUCUGUUUUGAAAUGGAGGCUGCUGGGCUCAUGGACGAACUCCCAUCUCUUGCCAUUCGAGGCAUCUGUGACUACUGCGAUUCCCAUAAAAAUAAACAGUGGCAAGGAUAUGCCGCCCUUGCUGCUGCUGCCUAUGCGAAGGCUCUACUGUCAGUGGUGCCUACUUACUGCUACAAGGAAUCAUAUAAAUCAACGAAACCAGUUUGGAUGGUCCCCUUUAGAAGGAACCUGCAAUUUGUAGGUCGGGAAGAAGUCACCAGGGCUGAGGAAUUGAUUAUGGAGCCGAACGGAGCUGGCAAAGUUGCUAUCUACGGACUAGGCGGAAUUGGAAAGACCCAGAUUGCACUUGAACUGGCAUAUCGCAUGCGAAACCGAGACCCUGAGUGCUCGAUUUUCUGGGUCACAUGUACCAGCUAUGAGAGUGUGGAACAAGCCUACAUGAGCAUCGCCUCAAAGCUAGGAAUGGCUGAUAUAAAACCAGCAGAGGUAAAAGAAAAAAUCAAGGCUUAUCUCAGCCAGAAGAGUGCUGGGAAGUGGCUUCUUCUUUUUGAUAACGCGGAUGAUAUAGAGAUGUGGAGCAAGGAUAACACUAAUAAUUCAGUACUGACAGACUUUCUUCCUCAAAGUGAGCAGGGCCAUAUUCUUUUCACCACACGCAGUCGGAAGGUAGCUGUGAAACUAGUGUCUUCUUAUAUAAUAAUAAUCUCUGAGCCGGACACAGAGACUGCUAUCAAAAUUUUACAAAACUCACUAGUUGAAAAAACCUUACUUAAUGAUCAUGAUAUAGCCAUUACUCUUCUUGAGCAGCUGGCCUUUCUUCCAUUGGCAAUUACCCAGGCGGCAGCGUAUAUCAAUGAAAAUAGCAUUGGUCUCUCUGACUAUAUUAUACUUUUACAGGACCAGGAGCCUGAUGUGAUUGAAUUGCUGAGUGAAGACUUUGGAGAUGAAAGGCGAUAUAAAGAUACCCAGAAUCCUGUUGCAUUAACCUGGCUCAUCUCAUUUCAGCAAAUUCAGCGAUCAAAUGAACUGGCGGCAGACUAUCUGUCAUUCAUGGCCUGUAUCAACCCUCGCGAUAUUCCACAGUCCUUACUUCCCCGGCCAAUCUCAACCAAGAAGAGAAUUGAUGCCAUCGGCCUUCUCAAGGCCUUCUCCUUUAUUAGUGAGAAUGGCAGGGACUGUUCUUUAAAUCUACACAGACUAGUCCAUCUUGCAACUCGGAACUGGAUGAGAAAGAGCCAACAGUUUAGUCGGCAUAUAUUGAAAACUGCAGACCGAUUGAGCGAAGCUUUCCCGAACAAUGACCAUAUCAAUCGAAAGGUGUGGCGGGAAUAUCUACCGCAUGCAUUUUCUCUAAUAGCAGAAGCUGACUUCCAGAAGGAGCAGGAGAAAUAUAUUAAUUUUAUUGUGAAUAUUUGGAGCUGUUUGUAUAGUGACGGCAGAUGGAAGGAAGCAGAAGAGCUAGGGAUGCAGGUGGUGCAGCUCCGCAAGCAAGGACUAUGGAAGGAAGCAGAAGAGCUGGGGAUGCAGACACUGGAGCUCCGCAAGCAAGUGCUGGGACCAGAGCAUCCAGACACUCUCACCAGCAUGAACAACCUUGCCUAUACAUGGAAACUACUAGGAAAGGUCAAGGAUGCCUUAGCUCUGAUGAAAAAGUGUAUAGAGCUCCGCCGCAACUUCUUGGGUCCAGAUCACCCACUUAAGCCAACCCAGCAAACUUCAGCUGCAGCCCCUGCUGCCUUGCCUAUCCACAAUCACUCUCCCAAGCAGAUGAAAUCGGACUCCGAACCUGUCACAGGCGGCAAACGAUGGGCAUUCAGACGGCUUUUCCAGAGACGAUGA